ACAAGAUCCAUGUACUAUAAAAUUUGGUGGAUGUGCACAUAUCCUUCUCUAAACGGAUGUAAGCAGAAAACCUCCCUAGCGAGUUUUCCGAGAUAAUCUCCGGCUAGUGCCUCGCUAGUGCAGUGAGCAAAUGCCAGUGCAGUGACGACUGGGGGAGGAGAGCGUAGAGGCAGGCGGCCAUUACAUAGCUGAGUUCCCCUGGAAGGUCGGAGGGAGAAGGGAGGCAGCUUGUGUGGUUCUUGCGGCGUCCCUCUGUGAUACACCCGCUGGACCGGUGUGUUCUUCCGAGUACCACACUAGCUAGCUAGCUAAUUUUACUACGGUUAUUGAAAGGCUCGGGCCCGCUUUUUUAGCGUGAUACCUUCUCUGACUUGGGAACGUCAGUGUAGGCAUAGGCAAUCUGCAAAGUACUUGAAGGAGUAAAAUUAACGUUAAAAAUCUAGCUAACGAAAGCUAGCUAGUACAGCAGAUAUAACCACCUUAUUACGAUAAUUCAAAAUUGGUGUGUGUUUCAAAAUGGACGAAAAAUCUUUUACGAAGGAACUGGACCAAUGGGUCGAACAGCUGAAUGAAUGUAAGCAGUUGACGGAGAACCAAGUGAGGACGCUUUGCGAAAAGGCCAAAGAGAUUCUGACCAAGGAGUCGAACGUGCAGGAAGUCCGCUGUCCCGUCACGGUCUGCGGAGAUGUCCACGGCCAGUUCCACGACCUCAUGGAGCUCUUCAGGAUCGGGGGAAAGUCGCCCGACACCAACUACCUGUUCAUGGGCGACUACGUAGACAGAGGCUACUACUCAGUGGAGACCGUCACACUUCUUGUAGCGUUAAAGGUGCGUUACCCAGAGCGCAUCACCAUUUUGAGAGGCAACCACGAGAGCCGGCAGAUCACGCAGGUGUACGGCUUCUACGACGAGUGCCUGAGGAAGUACGGCAACGCCAACGUGUGGAAGUACUUCACCGACCUCUUCGACUAUCUCCCGCUGACCGCGCUGGUAGACGGACAGAUCUUCUGCCUGCAUGGAGGCCUUUCGCCCUCAAUAGACACACUGGAUCACAUCCGGGCCCUGGACCGCCUGCAGGAAGUUCCACAUGAGGGCCCGAUGUGUGACCUCCUGUGGUCGGACCCGGACGACCGCGGCGGCUGGGGGAUCUCGCCGAGGGGCGCCGGCUACACCUUCGGACAGGACAUCUCCGAAACCUUCAACCACGCCAACGGGCUCACCCUGGUGUCCCGCGCCCAUCAGCUGGUCAUGGAGGGCUACAACUGGUGCCAUGACCGAAACGUGGUCACCAUUUUCAGUGCGCCAAACUACUGCUAUCGCUGUGGCAACCAGGCUGCCAUCAUGGAACUGGAUGAUACUCUUAAAUACUCUUUCCUUCAGUUUGACCCUGCGCCUCGCCGCGGAGAGCCCCACGUCACCCGCCGCACCCCUGACUACUUCCUAUAAGAGUCUGCAGCGCCCCCAGUUGGCUUGGUGUAGGACUGCAGCAAUAUGUCAAAAGCAAAAAAAUAAAAUAAAAAAUACAAAUCUUGAUUGCGUAUAUAUUAAAAAGAAUCAAAUCAGUGAGAUAUGUUAUAACAUUAAAGCACUAACAUGGACCAAAAUGUGCCAUAUAAGCAUUAGUACACAUAUACAAAAUGCCCAAUGUUGCCGUACUGCAAGUGUCCCAUAUGGCUUUCAGCUCAACAGUGAAAGAUUGCCUGCUGUAUGCUAUUGGUAGUAACGUUGUUUCUGUUCUGGAUUGUAUGAUAUUCAAAAAAAAAAAAAAAAAAAGAAAAAUGUACCAACUUGAUAUUUUCAACUUCACUGGCAAAUUGUUCAUUUUGAGUUGUAGCAAUGCUGGGCAUGUUAACUAGGAUGUCAUUUUAUAACAAUGCACAAGCUUUACACCCUCCCUCCAGUCCAUGAACUUACCUCUCCUGCAAACGCUCAUCUUUGCUUUCAUUUUUAAGGGCCUGCCUUAGCCCCUCCCCUUUUACUGCCUGAUCUUACCAUUUGAGUUUACUGUUCCUUUUUUUCCUGUAAAUUUGUCAUGCAGUGAUUGCAUCUUUGGUGUAUUUGAACAAAUAAAGUACUUUUGAUCGUGACCCUACACACUGCUGAAA